AUGGCGCCUACGCGUGCAUCAGCUCAGUUGCCUAAAAGUGUAGAUCAGUUCGCGAGUUUCAAAGCGGAGAUCUUGGCACAAAUUGUAGCAGUGUUAGAUCGAACCGAGACGGUUGCAAGGCAGUCAGAGGCGGUUCUGCAUCGUACUGAAGAUGUCGUAAAGCAGUCGGAGGCGAAUUUCGCAAAGCUGAAUGAAGAGCUGCUGACUCGCAUGCUGGAGGUAUUCAAGGAAAAAUUCGAGUCAAUUAAAGCAAAAUUUGCAAAAAUCGACCUCGAUCGUUGUGCUGAUAAAGGAUCUCUGAGCUGUUUGGGUAAAGUUCCCGUUUCUCCUUCUAUUACCUCUACUUCUGAUAUUAAGCAGCAUGAUCCUGGUGGAAAGUUAGGUCAUGUUAGCCAUAGGACUUAUAAUUCUGGGGGUAAAAUGGUUGCUCAGGGUCCUCCUAAAGGUGGAAAUGAAUUGUAUAAGAGGCUUUCCCACCAAGAAAAGCAGUACAGGAAGGCAAACAACUUAUGUUGGAAGUGUAAUGAGUCUUGGGGACCAGGGCAUGCGUGUAAAUUGGAAUAUCUCAACUUGAUCAUUGUUAAUGAUGAUGUUGAUUUUGAACAUGUUCAGUGGUUAAGUGAUGAAUUAGAUAACUCUGGGAAAGUAGUAGAGUUAUCAAAAAUCUCCUGUUGGGAUGACUGUAAUGCUUUGGAGGAUGAAGCAGAAAAAGAUGGACCAAGGAAAUUGAUAGUCAUCAUUGGCUCUAUCAAUGGUGAGAUUGUGAGGAUUCUGAUUGAUACAGGAGCUAUCAGAAGCUUUAUAGACAUUGACUUGGCACAGAAAUUGGGUCUGAACAGGAAGAUGGUUAGACCAUACUAUGUCAAGGUGGCAGAUGGUCAUCAAGUCAGGAACAAUAUAGUAUGUACUGCUGCUAAGAUUGAGCUGACAAGAAAUGGCAGGAGAUUUAUACUGCAAGGCCAUUCCCUGGCAGCUGAUGAUGAAAUCCAAGAUAUUCUUAGAUCAGUUAACCCUGUUAGAAUCAAGGAUGGCCAAUCUCAACAUAAAAGACUAAGGGGGGAUUACCAUGAUUUUAAUCCUGGCAAAAGAAUGAGGAGGUAUCAGGAGGGGAUCAUUUCAGAAGAAGCUACUGACACUUUCUCAGUUUUUACUGUGGGAGACUGUAAAGACAGUUGCGCGCCAAACUUUUGUGACAUAAAUCUGAAUUGUCCCCAAAUUCUCGAAUCAAUGGAGACACAAUUGGUGCUGGCUUCAACCAACGCCGGAAUCAGCUGCUGGGAACUUCGGUCAGGAGCCGGGCAGCCUUAUGCCCAUUUCCGUUCUGCCUCUUCCCCUCCUCACGGUCUCACCUCCAUCGUUUUUCCUGAUGGAAAUCGCGUUAUUGCUGCCUCUCAAAUUCCUCAAUCGAAGAAAUCUUCUGGUUCCGUCUUUUACUGGACAUGGAAUAAGGUUGAUACUGGUGAUCUGUUGGCGAAGCGGGAUGCUCAUCUCCGGGGUGUAACAUGCUUAGUCUUGUCUGAGGAUAAGUCCCUUUUGAUCUCUGGGUCAGAAGAUGGAGCAGUUCGAAUGUGGUCGCUUUACAUUUUAAAAGUUACUGAUAUUGCGGUUGGUUUUGGAGUUUGCAAUGCUGUCAUUGUGUCAUCUUCUGAGGAUCGUACUUGCAAGAUUUGGCGCUUGUCUCGAGGGAAACUACUAAGGUCUAUUAAAUUCCCGUCAAUAAUUGAUGCAGUUGUGUUGCACCCGGUAGAGCAUGUGUUCUUUGCUGGUGGCAGGGAUGGUAAAAUAUACGAGGCUGCCCUUAGUGCUCAAGUGAAGCUCAUCCUAGUUAUGGGGAACAUAUCAGUCGCUCUUCAAGUGAACAUAGAGGAUGGGAUGGUUCGAGUUUGGAAUGCUAAAACCCUUCAUAUUGUUCGGGUCUUUCGACAUGAUGCCAAAGUUUCCUCUCCAGGCCCAGUCAGUAAUGUUCUUGUCAUUAGUCAGCCACUUCCAAGGAUGGCGUUGACUUCUCAAGCUGUCUCAUCGAGGAGACAUGAAUUAAGACCAUUAAAAAUGAGUUCUGAUUCUCCACAUGAAAAUGUCAAGGCAUUUCUCAUAUCCGAUGAUCAUACUGGUGAUUCAAAUAUUUGUGUUCAGACCCUACAGCAGAAGCAGAUAAACUCCAGUUUCACCUCACUUGAAGGUGAUGAAAAUUGUUGUGCAGGCAUAUUUGUACCUUAUUUUCCAGCUUACACAGUAUUUUAA